CUAACAAAUAGUUAAAAAUGGAUCCAGAAUCAUCAGAAGUCCAAGAAGAUUUCAUCCUAACCACCUACACACCUCCCACCACUCUCUCAGAAUCACUCAAAGGCAAGUUAAUUUCCAGCCUAAAGCUUCUCGCAGAGUGCUUCGAAAAGCUUGAAUCUCCAGACCAACUCGUCUUAGGUUUUAACGGUGGAAAGGAUUCCAUCGUGAUGUUUCACUUAGUUCGGGCCAUCUUCAACUACGUUCUGCAAAGAGAUGACCCAGUCAUCUCUUACCUUCAGAGCUGUGGAGAAGGAGACCUUCUCCACAGCUUCAAUGUAGAAAUUAGUUCCUGAAGGUACAUCUUCUUUCAAUUCUUGGAAGAAGAGGAAUUUCCAGAAGUAAUCUCAUACUGCGAUAUUUUUGAGAAGGAAUUUGACAUCUCUAUUGAGAAGUUCACUGGGAAAAUGAAGGAUGACCUUACCAGUCUGGUUGACAAUGACCGUGUCACCACGGUCAUUGUUGGCAACAGACGUACAGAUCCUUAUUCAGAACAUCUAAAGCCAGUAGACCCUUCUUCAGAAGGAUGGCCUGAUUUUAUGAGAAUUCAUCCUCUGCUAGACUGGAGUUAUGUAGAAAUAUGGGAAUUUCUGAACUAUUUUAAGUUUGAGGUAUGAUGUCUGUAUGAACAAGGGUAUACUUCUCUAGGGAGAAUGCAUAAAACACAAAAGAAUCCUUAUUUAAGGCGAUCUUCAGAGGAGCUUAGGGAUUCUCAAGCUGAGUAUUAUCCAGCUUGGCACCUUACAGAUGAUUUGAAAGAACGAGAAAGCAGGAUAAAAUAAUAAAAUAAGGUUGACAGAGUGUUUUCAAUAUC